AUGGCCCCAGGACUCUUUGAACGCAUCCAGUCCAAGAUCGACAUCUGGCGCCUCGAGCAGCGCUACACCCGCCGCCGCAACAGGCGCUCGACCUUUGUCUCCAACGCCAUCUACGUCGACGGCGAGUACAUCUACCAGACCCCCAACACUACUGGCUCGUCCAACAACUCGAACUCCUCCGCCUUCGAGAGUGCCAGCCCAUCACCCACACACGCACAAACCUUUGGCCCAGCAGCAACAGAAGCCCCCACGGCCACCAAGGAGCGCAAGAAGCUGAACCGCUUCAGCUCAAUGCCAGGGUUUGGGUCAAUGGGCAAGAGGGACAGCGUUAUCGCCCCGCCACCUGCAGAUUGGAGGACACAGAGGGCGAGUUUCGACGGCACGAGGUAA